UUGACGUAGCGCCUGCCAUCCGCCAUGUCCAAGGACAUCUUCCCCGUCUUCCCCACACGAAUGGCCCUCACGUCGAUGAAGAUCCGCCUCAAGUCGGCAGAGAAGGGCCACUCGCUGCUGAAGAAGAAGGCUGACGCGCUGACGCUCCGCUUCCGGUCGGUGGCCACCGAGAUCAAGGCAUACAAGCAGGCGCUCGGCGAGAUGAUGUCCGACUCGGCCAUGUCCAUCACAAAAGCCCGUUACGUGGCGGGCGACUUUGCCUAUCUCGUCACCGAAAACGUCGGCUCGGCAAGCAUGAAGAUCCGCACAGAGCUGGAGAACGUGGCCGGCGUCAAGAUCCCUGUCUUUGACGCCUACGAGGACUCGGGCUCGUCCGACGCCCUCGAGCUGACCGGCCUCGGCAAGGGCGGCGCCCAGAUUCGCCAGUGCAAGAGCAAGUUUGCCGACGCGCUGCAGUCGCUCGUCAAGCUCGCCUCACUUCAGACCUCCUUCAUCACCCUCGACGAGGCCAUCAAGCUCACGAACCGCCGCGUCAACGCCAUCGAGCACGUCGUCAUUCCCAAGAUCGAGAACACCAUCUCGUACAUCAUCACAGAGCUCGACGAGGGCGAACGCGAGGAGUUCUUCCGCCUCAAGAAGAUCCAGGAGAAGAAGGCCGACGCCCUCGAGUCCAAGAACGCUGCCAUGGCCGAGCGCCGCGAGCUGCUUGGCCUUGACGACGACGGCGCCGGCCCGUCGCUCCUCGACGACGACGACGAGGACCUCAUUGUGUAGCUUUCUCGGUAAAUGCUGCCUCUAGCUCA